GGAAGUGGCUCGGCGGACGCAUUUGCUAACAGAUAAGUCCAUUGCUACAGACCUUCUCUCUUAAACAUUCUCUCUCUCUCUCUCUCUCUGUCAUAUACGCACGCAUACACACGGAAUCUGUCGGUAUUUCUUCUUCUUUUCCUUUCCAAACCUCUUGCCUGGAGGAUUUAUUUCCGUAACUUUUCUGUAAAACUCCCCCCCUCCCUCCCUCCCUCCCUCUCACACACAUACAUACACACACUUCGUACUGAUCAUAACUGGGUUUUAUAGUCUUCUUCCAAACUGUAGGAAGGCUUCAGGUUGCAGACUGAGGUGGGGUGGGGGUUCCAUGGGGAAGAGACAUGAAUAGCCAGCAGUCUGGACUGCGGUUCCUUCCACCUCCUUUCCAUCACCCAGGCUGGCGAGGUCAUCCUCAUCAUGAGUUUCUCUCCCAGAAAAUCAGCCCUUCUUGUUUAUACGCUGCGAAGCGCAAAGACCAGGAAUCCUCCUAUUUGGAAUUUGAGGCCGAGAAAUUUCCUCCAGCCCCUCAGGCAGAUGUUCCUCCGCUCCCAGGGCUGGAGACGAAAAAACCGGCGUUCUUGGCCCGCCACGGUGGACCUCCGCUGCCCACCUUUGCGCCUAGUUCCCUUCAACAGCCUUCCUUAACCAUCUUUCCGUCGCCGCCGUCUUGUCAAGGAUUAACUUCCGCCGCUCCCAACGGGAAGCUACAGGGAGGCAGCCCUUCGUCCUCUUCUUCGGACUUCACACAGAAAAGAGAUUAUGAGGUGUCUAUCUUACUAAAACCUAGCCAUGGAUUGGGGGAGAGCAAAGGAGGAGAAGAGGACGAGGAGGAGGACGAGGAGGAGGAGGAGAAGGAGGAGGAGGAGGAAGAUAAACAUUUCAUACCAAAAACUCCCUCAUUAGGACUAUCCAAAUGCGAUAAAACUUCACAAGGUAACCCUGCGGCCAACUGGUUGCACGCUCGCUCCUCCAGAAAGAAACGAUGUCCAUACACGAAGUACCAGACGCUGGAACUGGAGAAGGAGUUUCUGUUCAACAUGUAUCUCACCAGGGACCGUAGACACGAAGUGGCCAGGCUUCUCAACCUGAGCGAAAGACAAGUCAAAAUCUGGUUUCAGAAUCGAAGGAUGAAGAUGAAGAAAAUGAACAAGGAACAGGGGAAAGAAUGAAGAUUCCCUCUCCUUCCCCCUCCCUCUCCUCUCCCCCAAUUCUGGCCCAUCUCGAAACUUUUGUUCUAUUUAUGGGCAAUGACUUCUGAACAGUGUUUGAGAUGGUGUGGUGGUGACCAGAUGAAGACCUCCUGGUUUGCAUGCAAGGAGUCCAUCAUGAUUACACCUGUUUUGUUUCCAUUGGGUCUUGUUCACUCUUAAAACUAUUGAGGAGGUAACUCUAGAUUGAGGACACAUAAUUUGGGGUGAUGAUGUUGGUGUUACUUAUAUGAGAUAACUGGUGAUGAUUUCAUCUGUACGCUUAAGUGCUUCCUUGGGAUGCUCCUCAUUCAGCCUUUGGACUGAUUCCCCACCCAAAAAAACUGAGGAUAAGAAAGCUGUUUCAAAGACAGAGUACAUUUCACCCGGAAGUCCCCCUAAGCAAGCCACCCUGAAUGAGUUGGAGCUGCGCACCAGCACUGGGGAGUUACAGAUGAAUUGUGGCCCCAAACUUUCCCUAUUCUACGUUCCUCUUCCUCGAGGAUCGAAAAUCAUUAGGUAGAUCUGUAUGAGUGGAAUUAUCAAAGGAACAUAAGAGAACCCGGUGGGGAUUUCCAUGAAGUUAACCAUUCAACUCAACUUUUAGAAGUCGUUUUCCUGAGGAUCAGUCGAAGUCCCACUGUGCCAUUUAUUCCCCUCCCCACCUUAACAUGAAUCCACCUCUGGCAGAUAAAGCCACAUUUCGAGCAGAAAUUUAGAAAUUUAUUUACAAAGCAAUGCAUUUUAACAAAUAAAACCCACAUUUUGAUCAAUGUUGCUGGUGUAAAAGAGACCACCAUAAGAUCAUAAGGCACAAUUUUUUGCGAGGACUCCCAUUAAAUUAAAUGGGCGUACGCAGGAGAACUUACCAGGGGCCUGUGUGCCUAUUUUAUCCUACCAAGUUGGUUCUGACUUUCAAAAGGCCAGGGACGGAGCAGGAGA